GGAAGCAGCAGGUUCGAAUCUCGUCACCGGUAGCCACUGCAACCCUGAAUCUCUUUGCUUGAUUGAGUAAAAGAAAAGAUAUUUUCGCUUCCGUUCCUCUUCGUAAAAGCCCUAAAACAACCUGGGCAAACAAAAUAAGAUUUCCUUUUCGCUGUGGAAGCAGCAGGUUCGAAUCUCGUCACCGGUAGCCACUGCAACUCUGAAUCUCUUUGCUUGAUUAAGUAAAGAAAAGAUAUUUUCGCUUCUGUUCCUCUUCGUAAAAACUCUAAAACAACCUGGGCGAACAAGAGCAUCAGAUGACACUGGCCUCAAAGAAUUAUUUACAUCAGAUCCAUUAACCAGCUGAGCAUCAGAAUUCUCCUACAUAAACCACUUGUGUUUACAAACUGAUAUUUUACACUGUGCUUUCCUGCUUGUACCCAUCUGUUACUAUUUUGGGAUAUUUUAUAUUGUAUUUUUGAUACUUGCCUUUCAUAUAUGAUGGAGACAAUAAAAACAGAGGCGGAUGCAGUUUCUUACUUGCAAGAGAAGGGUAUUAUCCCCAAGAUAAAAGUAUGCAAAAAUAAAAAGCAUUAUAUGUUAAAAAAAGUCCGUGGUAGGAACAUUUAUUGGCGGUGCUCCCACAGAGGAUGCAUGGAGUCUGUAUCAGUGAGAAAAGGUACGUGGUUGGAAGGUAGAACCCUUCCUCUUAGGACUGUGGUGCUUUUCCUUCACUCAUGGGUCAAGGAAUUGACUUCAGUCCAGUUUUGUGUUGAAAAAUUGGGCAUGAGCCACAGCACGGCUGUUGAAUACAACUGCUUUGUUCGGGAAAUAUGCGCGGAGGACCUUAUACGCAACCCAGUUAAAAUUGGGGGUCCUGGGAAGAUUGUUGAGAUGGAUGAAACGGUCUUUUCAAGACUUAAAUACAACCAUGGAGAGAUCCUACCUGAGCAGUGGGUUUAUGGGGGUGUGUGUCUUGAGACCAGAGAGGUUUUUCUUUAUGCGGUGCCAUGUCGGAAUCGUGACACACUGGAGGAAUGCAUACAGAAGUUGAUUCUUCCAGGGACCACAAUUUAUAGUGAUAUGUGGAGGGCAUACUCUCACAUUCCUGAAAUUGAUGGUUAUUAUUUUGAACAUGGUACAGUGAACCAAAGCAUUGCGUUUGUCAAAUUGGAAGAUGGUACUGACAUUCAACAAGUGGAGAGUACCCAGGCCUCUAUAAAAGAAGGUAUCAAACGACGCCGUGGCACUCACCCUUCUAUGGUUGACUCAUAUCUCUGUGAGUUUAUGUGGCGCAGGAAAUAUGAAAAUUGUAAUUUGCUUGAUAAACUACUUGAGUGCAUCGCAAACUUUCGUUUUUCAUGAACAGAACUAACCUGCUGUUUACUAUUUUUGCCAAACUGGACAUUUUCUUUUUUCUGAUGCAAUGGAUAUUUUGAUAAAUGCUUCAUCUGUUUCAUCAUCAUCAUUGUUUAACGUCCGCUUUCCAUUCUAGCAUGGCUUGGACGGUUCGACUGGGGUCUGGGAAGCCCGAAGGCUGCACCAGGCCCAGUCAGUUCUGGCAGUGUUUCUACAGCU